ACAGACGGACUCAACAGUUCCAGCUGCGGCUCCUGAUCCUGACUGCUGCUCUGUUAGAGAUGGACAAGAGCAAGAUGCAGAGGAAACCUGUUUGCCUCAUAGCGGCAGUUUGCAACGACAGAGGGAUGGGGAAGGAUGGAAAGCUGCCCUGGAAUCUACCGUCAGAAUUCCAAUACUUUCUGAACACUGUUUCUACAGUCUCGAGACCAGGAAGGAUGAAUCUGAUGAUCUGGGGCAGACUGUGCUGGGACUCCCACCCUGAAGGCAUGUUCCCACUGCCCAACAUCCUGCAUGUGGUGCUGAGUACGACACUGAACACAGUUCCAGAUCACGCCCACUUCUUGUGUCAGGACUUUGAGAGCGCCGUCCGCCUGGCUGCAGAGCCGCCCCUCGCUGAUCUAAUAGAGACCAUCUGGGUUGCUGGAGGAACACGAGUCUACGAGGAUGCGCUGAAGCACCCGUGGUGUGACUUGGUUUACCUGACAGACGUCAUGGCUAACUUUGACUGUGACGUUUUCUUCCCAGAGUUUGACAAAGACACAUUUAAACUACAAGAACGGUUUCCUGGAGUACCGAGUGAAAUUCAAGAGGAGAACGGCAUAAAGUACAAAUGUCAAGUGUUCAAGAAAGAGUAGACAGAAAGCAGAGAAAAUCCAGGCAUAAUCUGAAAAACACUACGAUUGCUACUUUUCCUUGUAAAUCUCAUCUGCUGGCAACAGUUACAGCAGAUAAAACUCCUGUAUAGAAUGUAGCGGUUUAGCUAAAACUGAAACCCACAGUGUGCCUUUGUGUUUUUACUAAUUCAACAUAAAUCUCAUUAAGUGAUAUAGUCACUGAGCAUUCCAAUCAGUCCAAAUAUGACCUCUGUAAUAACAAUGUGAGCACUGACACUUUAAUAGCAGUCCAGCAAGUGCUUUUGUGUAUUUAUGUGUCUUAAAAUCUUAACCAUUUCUCUUUGUUCAGAUAUUAUGAUCAGAUCUGGUGUGAAAUAAUCUCCUGUCACCUCGUCAGCGUUCCCAUCUCACCCUCCUACUCAGUAAUAAUGCAGCUGCACAGAGAAUAUGUUGAUCAGUGAGUCAGUCUGCGGCCGACGUCAGCGACAGCCGGCCUUCUGUGAUCGCAGCAGAUCUGCUUCUUCCUCAGCCAACACAACAGGUGCCUGCAUUUUAGAAAGCGAUCAGUUAAUUAUCCCACCGGUUUGCUUUCAUUCUACAGUAACAGUCUUAUUUAAAUACAUGUGGAGAAAUGUUACAGCUUGCUGUGGUCAGGAAUGCUGAGAUGAAUAUUUACUGAUGAUGGCUUUUACUGUGUGGCUUUUUGUGAUGCAAAUGUUGGAUUUUAAAUGAGUGGUUUUGUUUUCGGUUUGAAUAAAAUGCACUUUCACUCA